UCUGAGAGCGACGGAAACUGCCUCGUGAGCACGCGCGCGAGCAUUCAACUUGCCAAUUUAGAUCCACAUUAGUCAGUCUGUGUAUCCUGUCCGGAGAAGCAGAGCCGUGAAAAAGAAAGGUGCGUAUUUCCAUAACGUGGAAAUGAGAAAAGGAGUGAUAUCAGCAGCAUGACCGGAGUUUGCUUCUGUCGGAGACCCGGUCUGUGUCGAGCGGCAUGCGUGGACUCUUCGUUUGUGUUGUGUGGGAAAAAGGAGGUUUGUUUAAUAGAUGGGCAAAUGGAGGAGAUGUGCCCAGCUGCCCAGGAGACUCCAAAAGUGAGCCACAAAUGUGAAGAGGUGGCUUUGGAGGAAGAAAGCAGUGAUGAGAAAAAGGAAAUCCUGCUACACAGGAGCCUCCUUUCCAUGGAUACCACAGGCAAAAGAAGUGAAAGCAUUAAGAAAGAAGACUGUAGAAGGAAUGCUGUGCUGCUUCAGCAGGGGAGUCACAGAAUUAAGGAGGAGGAUUGUGAAUGCAAAUUAGUAAGCAUCAAAGAGGAAGAAUCUGAACCGAGAUCUAUUAGCACUGACAUGAAGAAAAGUGAAAUUGUAAGCAGCAUCAAGGAAGAAGCCAUCGCAUCAGAGUCUUCCUCUCAGUAUGUGUGCCCAGAGGUGUCUCAGUUAGGCUUUACAUCGAGCAGCCACCAUACCCGUGAGCAUUAUUCUGUCCAUCUGAAGUGUGAAUCUGACAUGAAGAGGACCGAGAAAGCAUCAUAUUUAAGUCAAUGUAGAGAAGAUUUACAAGAGAGCGGUUAUGGCUUUCCACCAUCUGUUAUUCAGACUUCUCUUCGAUGCAAACCACAGCAGAAAAUUCAUAAUGGAAAUAUGAAGAUGCUGAAAUCUGGAUCAGAGAUUUUAAUACCAGCCAUUUUACAGGGUAGUCCUCCAAACACUGAGAAACUAAGAAAAACGGACACAAGAAACAGUCAGCAACAAGUACAGAGUUCAAAUUCAACAACUUUUCAUGUCUGUGAAGAUUUGAAAAAAACUAUUAAAUGCAAAUAUAAAUACAAAGAUAAUCCAAGGUGUUGCAUAAGACAGGAGCUAUUUUGCUGUUCUGAAUGUGGGAAGCAAUUCUCUACCAGUCGGAGUCUUCAGACACAUACAAGAAUUCACACUGGAGAGAAGCCAUUUUGCUGUUCUGAUUGUGGCAAACGAUUCACAGCCAAUAGCGGUCUUCACAUACACAAAAGAAUUCACACUGAAGAGAAGCCAUAUCGCUGUUCUGAAUGUGGAAAACGAUUCAUCAGUGGUGCCAAGCUUCAGAUCCACACAAGAAUUCACACUGGAGAGAAACCAUAUUGCUGUUCUGACUGUGGCAAACAAUUCUCACGAACAAACUACCUUUGUAUUCACAGGAGGGUUCACACUGGUGAGAAGCCAUAUAGUUGUUUUGACUGUGGCAAACAAUUCACUCAAAUAAGCAACCUUCAGAUUCAUUCAAGAAUUCACACGGGAGAGAAGCCAUAUUGCUGUUCAGAGUGUGGCAAACAAUUUACCACCAAUGGCAGUCUUCAGAUCCACACAAGAAUCCACACGGGAGAGAAGCCGUAUUGCUGUUCAGACUGUGGCAAACAAUUCUCACGAAUGAACUAUCUUCAGAAUCAUAGAAGAAUUCAUAAUGAAGAGAAACCAUAUUGUUGUUCUGAAUGUGGCAAACAGUUUGUUCAAAUAAGUCAUCUUCAGAUCCACUUGAGAACUCACACUGGAGAGAGGCCAUAUUGCUGUUCAGAAUGUGGCCAAGAAUUUGCCACCACCAGCACCCUUCAGACCCACAAACGAAUCCACAGUGAAAAGAAGCCAUGUUGCUGUUCUAAAUGUGGCAAACAGUUUUCUGUUGGUAGUGCUCUUAAAAGACACUUAAAAAUUCACACUGGAGGCCCUGAUGGCUGAAGGAUUAUUAAACUGAACGACACAUCAAACGUUCCAGAUUAAUUCACUGGAAAAUCUGCAAAAAAAAAAUGCAACCUUAGCAGCAACAAAGAAACACUGGAACUACUAUCCAGACUGCAAAAUGGAUAACGAGGAGGCAUUAGUCACGUGGAGCACACAAUACCAACUGACGAUAGAAGGGACCAGAAAACCAGAGAUGGUUAUCAAAGAAAAUCCAUUUAAGUGGGGCUGAGAUCAAAAGAAACUUCUGGGCUCAUCUAGAUGCCCUACCAUCACGCCUAUGAACUAUGACAGGAGGCAUCACCCAGGACAAAGACAAGUUCUCAUGGGAAGUUUAAGAACAGCAGUACAACAGUACUUUACAACUUAAUGAAUGAGGUUCUCUCCUGUUUUGAUUAUGCUCAAAACAGAGCAUUCUGAGAAAAAUCAUAUUGCUGUUCUGAAUCUGACCAAUAACUUGUUCAAAUUAGCGGACUUUAGACCCACACUCACAUUCACAUUUGAUAGAAGCCUUGUUCGUGGUCAUAAUGUGACAAAUGAUUCUUCAGUUGCAGCACAACUGAGUCCCAAUAGGAUUGUGGUGCUACGAUCAGUGUAAACGCCAUCUUGUGGUGCAUUGUUAAUUUACUAGUGCUUCCCAAAAAGCAUCAUAACUCAAGUGUAGUAAUAAUAAAUAAUAAUUCUUUGCAUUUAUAUAGCACUUUUCUCACUACUCA